GUUUCUUCCCAUAAAAAACAACGCACCCUCUCGUCAUCAAUGGAGGACCCCUACAAAACACUGAACAUUCCAAGGACGGCAUCGCAAUCCGAAAUAAAGAAGGCGUACCAGCAGCAUGUACUGCGCUACCAUCCCGACCGGGUGAAGGGCGGUCCCGAAGCGAAGAAAAAGGCAGAGGAGCAGUUCAAAAAGGUACAGAGCGCAUACGAGAUACUGGGCGACGAGCAGAAACGCAAGGAGUAUGACACGUUUGGACGUGUAGGUGCGCAGGGCGCACAUAACGUACACGAUUUCAGUCAGUUCUUCACGGACGGACAGUUCGGUAACAUUUUUGAUUUUGGCAAUUUUAAGGGCUCCAGUUUUAGGACGAACGACUUUCAGGGCGCAUUCGGCGACGUGUUUGGCGAUGCGCUGGGACGGAAGAGAAAGAUAACACAGGAGGUUAAGCUCAAAUUAUCGCUUGAUGAGCUGUACAACGGUGUUACGAAGAGGGUGUGUGUGACUGUGAGGCGUGAGUGUGCGCGUGUGGCAGAGUUUAAUGUGGAUGUGAAGCCGUGGUACAAGAGCGGCACUAAGUUUACGUACGAGGGAGCCGGUGAUGCAACGCGCUCGGGGUAUAAGGAUGUGGUCAUCACGAUCGAAGAGGAGAGCAAUCCGUUCUUCAAGCGGAAUGGAGAUGAUCUUGAAUAUGUGUUUAGGACCGGUCUUAAGGACCUGGUCACGCUGAAUAAGACCGUGUACCUGCCGGGGGGCAGGGCGUACAAUCUGCGGUGGGCCGAUGUAAAGGCAAUAGGCGAUUUUUUUGCUGUGAGGGGAAUGGGAAUGAGGAAAAAAAAGGGAGGAAAUGGUGAUUUGAAGGUUAAGGUGAUCGUUGAUGUGGACAUUGACAGAGAGAGCAUGAAUAGAAUCAGUCAUGCGGUGCGGUGAUGUUUUGCUACGAGUGACCGAUGAAUAAAUUAGAUUGUACCGGGUUAAUCAUGCAAAUGGGAAGGUUUGCUCAUUAAUUGGUGUUUGUGCGCAUGGUGGAUGGAUUUACUGUUCUGGCAGGUUGGUGCUCUUUGUUCUAUUAAUAUUUGUUUGGUUGGGGAUGUUUGAAGGAAGACUAUGCACUGGAUCGAUCUCAGUGUGCCACGGCUCUGCGUUGGAACACAGCCUGCUUGUGUUUGUCAUUGCGUGGAGUUAGGCGAUUUCGUUGGUUCUCUGGAAAUUAAUGACCGAUGAGACUACGGUUGGCAGUAGUUCACCAAUUUGCUUACCACGAGUGCGGUGCAGGUGGUGUAACUGGGACAACACGUAAAUUUAUUCGACAGGGAGUGUUGAGGUUGGAGCACAGGUUGAACUGUCUGUACGAAAUGUUGCCACAAAAUAUCAGGUGCUGAGUGUAAUGUCAUAUCUGUGCAUUGCACGAGCAAAUAAAUAAU